GAGCACGAGGCGAGUCGAGUCGAGACGAGUCGAGGCGGGACGAGACGAGACGAGGCGAGACGAGACGAGACGAGACGAGACGAGACGAGACGAGACGAGACGAGACGAGACGAAGCGAGACGAGACGAGGCGAGACGAGACGAGGCGAGACGAGACGAGACGAGACGAGACGAGACGAGGCGAGACGAGACGAGACGAGACGAGACGAGACGAGACGAGACGAGACGAGACGAGACGAGACGAGACGAGACGAAGCGAGAGCGAGACGAAGCGAGAGGCGAGACAAAGCCUGGCGAGACGAGAGGACGAGACAAGACACGAGGCCAAUACGCGUGCUCUGUUCAAGUCAGGUGCGGCGUCGAGAACCUUUUCUAUGACGUGAAUUCUGUGAGAGGCUCCUGAACGUCUAAAUCACACUCUCUCAGUCAGUGUACUGGGUGCCCCCAACCGAGACGGUCGCGUGAUUACUCGCAUCGCACGCGUCAUCGGGGAAACGUGCCGAGGGCACGCGAAUGCGCGAAAUUGUCGCAACAAUAAGGCGUAAAACGUUCUUUCCAACGAGGAUCGUGCCAGGCUACGCGAAAUCUCCGGAUUCUCUGACAAUUUGCGCGAGCUGCUCGUUGGACGAGCGACUCGAAGGUGCGUGCAUGCUGAAUUCGGUGUGGUCGACGUUUCGCCAAUCGUCAAGGAUCGUUCCGAGGAUCCUUAUGGUAACCGGAGGACAAGGUGGUUAUCAUCCAAGCGAGUUCCAAGGGCUGAAGGGCUGGCGGCGUCGUUGGAUCCAUUUAGCCAUUACUUAUAAUUAGAGCGACAAUGGCUAGCAGGAACGAAGCUGACCUGCGAGAGAUUCGAGUAGAACGCGACGACGGCUACAAUAGAAACAACAACAAUCACGAUAACAAUUACGGCGGUUGCUCUAUGAGUGCCGCUGGAAAGGAAGACGUGUGCACAAAGAGGAAUCAUCGGAGCAACCACCGGAAUCAGCAGAGUCCGGGCAGAGCCCCGUUGGUCGGCUGGCGAAAUGACAGUCCGACGAUUUGUCUCAUGAAUUCCGUCCACAAUAAUGUCAACUUGGUGGACAGCGCGAGAAAUGGACGCGAGGCGAAUCUAGAUUCAACAGAGAAGUCAAACGACGCGAUCGAGUUGACGGAGCACAGCAAUAUACCGAGGAAGAUUAAAGAAAUGCUCGAUCGCGAGAAAUAUGUCGAACCGGAUGCCGGUACAACAACGAAUCGUCGAAUCAGAGACUCUAUCGAUUCCGAAAGUAUUAUUCUGGAACGCGAGGAUUCUUUAGGCUCUAUCGAAAAAGAAACAGAAAGUCGUAAGAAACCUAAAAUACCCGAUGGUGGUUGGGGCUGGGUGGUCGUUCUGGCUUCCCUGAUAAUCUCUAUGAUAGCCGACGGUGUCUCCUUUAGCUUUGGUCUGCUUUACAUCGAGUUUCUUCGGGAAUUCGGCGCGUCCAAGUCCAAGACCGCUUGGAUCGGCUCUCUCUUCAUGGCAGUGCCACUUCUAUCCGGGCCGAUCAUGUCCGCUCUCGUGGACCGUUACGGAUGCAGGAACAUGACCAUCAUCGGCGGUCUGAUAUCGGGGCUGGGCUUCAUACUGAGUAUUUUCAGUAACACUAUCGAGGUAAUGUACUUGACGUUUGGCGUGAUCGCGGGUCUCGGUCUGGGUUUGUGCUACGUCACCGCGGUUGUGAGCAUCGCCUUUUGGUUCGACAAAAAACGAACCUUAGCUGUAGGUCUUGGCGCGUGCGGCACUGGCAUCGGUACGUUCGUUUAUGCUCCGAUGACGACCUAUUUCAUCGCCGAGUACGGUUGGCGAGGCACUUGUCUGCUCCUGGCUGGCACGUUCUUCAACAUGAUCGUCGCAGGAACCGUCAUGAGGGAUCCGGAAUGGUGGAUCCUGGAACAACAAAAGCAGGAUCAAACUAUGCCGAGAAAAUUGAACGUUCGAUCGGAUGGUACGGUAAAGUCGAACGAAAGUCCUUUGGACGAGUUCCCAGGUGUCGAGGAGCUUCGACAAUUGCUCAGAAGCGACCAGGCGCCCGAAUAUUUCUUACAGAAUCUAAGUACGAGUACCGAAACGGCCGACGGCGCCAAGAGGCAUACGACGAGCGUGGUUAAUCUGCCGACCUUUGUAAAGCGAAGCGAAAAGGUGCCUUUGGAAGUAUUGGAAUCGUUACUGAGCAACUCUAGGCUCUAUACUGUUAUCCUAGAAAAUUAUCCUGGUCUUCUGUUGUGUAGAAGUUUAUCCGAUAAACAGCUGCAGGAUUCAACGGGGGAGAUUUAUAAUAAAAGCGGAGUCACUAUGUCAAUGAGGCUGAAACGAGCAACGGAAUCGAAAACAAUCGCUGAACAAAGGAAAGAUUCUUGUCCAGUGUCUACUCACGUACCGACGAAACUUGUUUGCGCCAGAAAAAUGUCCAAGAAGGAAAUAGAAGAGACUAAUCCCUUGCUGACAAAAGAAGUCACGAUCGCUCCGACGGAAAGAAGAAGAUCCGUGUCUAAACGUUACGUUGAGCCACAAGCCAACGUCAUCAGAACCGAUUCGAUACCUUGGCUCAGGCGACAAUUUAGUACCAACACCCAUUACUUCAAGGAUAUUAGAGUGCAUAGAAAUUCCGUCAUGUAUCGCGGCGCUGCCCUAAAUCUACACAAGUACAGACUAAGAGCGAGCAGUUGUCCUGACAUCUAUAGAAACAGUAUGAUCACAUUGGCUAAAGAAAACGAACAGAAGUGGUAUGCCGAGCUGAUGGAUCUAUUAAAGAGUAUGUUGGAUUUUUCAAUGUUUCUCGAAUUGCAUUUCCUGCUAAUGUCAAUGUCGACGAUAUUGCUAUUCACGUGGUUCAUCGUACCGUAUUUUUAUCUUGCGGAGCAUCUAACUAGGAACGGUUAUGACGAAUCCGAUGCCGCUAAUCUCCUCAGUAUUAUCGGCAUAACCAAUACUAUCGGAAUGAUCGUUCUAGGCUGGGCUGGCGAUCAACCCUGGAUGAAUGUCAGUAAAACGUACACCUGGUGUCUGAUGGCGUGCGGAGUGGCCACGAUAUUGAUGUCCGUUUUUACCCAUCAUUACCCGUUUCUAAUGAUCACUUCGGCAGCUUUUGGUUUAUUUUUCGCGAGUAGUUUCAGCUUUACUCCUGUUAUAUUAGUCGAGCUAAUUCCUCUGGAAAGAUUUACUACUGCUUACGGUCUCAGUUUGUUAUGCCAAGGAAUUGGAAAUCUUCUCGGACCUCCGUUGGCUGGAUGGUUAUUCGAUGUGACAAAUGCUUGGGAGCUUUCUUUCCUCAUGGCCGGCGGUUGGAUUAUUGUCUCCGGAAUCUUUGUAGGUAUUAUACCCUAUACGAAAAAUCGAAAGAUUUUUGGCAGUGGACCGAUCGAGAUGGAACGAACAAAUGGAAGUGAUUGUUUAGCAUAAAGCGAAUUAUAUUCAUUGUUUUUACACACGCACGUACAGAUAUUAAAAGAAGGAGGCGAAUAUUUA